UCACGCCACCCUGUCCGUGUCGCCGUGAUCCCCCCCCCCGACGAGACAAUUCAGAGGUAGUCUCAGCCAGCGCGCCUCGUGCGUCGGAAUCUCAUCAACUACCUCGAUUUCUCCGCUCGAUCCCUCCAUAUAUCUUCUACACUAGCUUGCGACUUCACCCGUGCAGCUGGUUCCCCCUCGGCACACGUGGAAACGCCUCUCCUCGUCCUCCCUCGUCCUCCGAAACAACGCGCCCACAAUGGCCGCUCUCCGCUCUUCCUCGACCCGAAUUCUCGGCUCGUCCGUUCGGACGAUGGCCAUGCGCCCCGGUGCCGUCUUCACCCGCUCAAUGGCUUCGGUCAGCGACGCGCCGGCCGAGCAGCAGCCGCGCAUGAAGACCUUUUCCGUCUAUCGAUGGAACCCCGACACGCCGAGCGAGAAGCCGCGCAUGCAAUCCUACACGCUCGACCUCAACAAGACGGGACCCAUGAUUCUUGAUGCCCUGGUCCGCAUCAAGAAUGAGCUUGACCCGACCCUGACCUUCCGACGCAGCUGUCGUGAGGGUAUUUGCGGCUCUUGCGCCAUGAACAUUAACGGCCAAAACACCCUGGCCUGCCUGUGCCGAAUCCCCGCCGAGUCCGCCUCCGAAGUCAAGCUCUACCCUCUGCCGCACACCUACGUCGUCAAGGACCUGGUCCCCGACUUGACGCACUUCUACAAGCAGUACAAGUCGAUCAAGCCGUACCUGCAGCGCGACACGCCGGCGCCAGAUGGCAAGGAAUACCGCCAGAGCAAGGAGGACCGCAAGAAGCUGGACGGUCUGUACGAGUGCAUCCUGUGCGCUUGCUGCUCAACGUCGUGCCCCUCGUACUGGUGGAACGCGGAGGAGUACCUCGGCCCCGCCAUUCUGCUGCAGUCUUACCGAUGGCUCGCCGACUCGCGAGACGAGCGCAAGGCCGAGCGCAAGAGCAACCUGGAAAACAACAUGAGCCUAUACCGGUGCCACACCAUCCUCAACUGCACACGCGCUUGCCCCAAGGGCCUGAACCCCGGCAAGGCCAUCGCUGAGAUCAAGAAGCAGAUGGCGCUCGGCGCAUAAGGCGCUCAGAGCAGUGGCGGCGAGGGCGUGGGAGGUUCCUUUUCUCUCAGUGGCGAAGAUGGGUGGCAUUAGACGUUUACCGACUGGUUCUUUUGCUGCGGGUCGGAAGGUUAUGGUAUACAAAACCGCGGGAUGGGACGGAGAAACGGUUCCAGGACGGGACCGCAGGGACUACGGUCCCGUGUAUAAGCAUGGACGGUGUUGUACGUCGAAUGUCUGAUGCAGAAUAGCAAUUUUUUUUUCUAUGUUACGCCGGAGUCGUCGGCCACGAUGGCGGGUCGGGACGUUUGGCCCGAGAGUCGCGGUCGACUCUGGGCCACUCGUGUGCCUCACAUGUCUGUCGGUCGAUACAUCAGUCGAUGGAACAGCUCUGCGGCGACUUUUCUCGAACGUCUCCGACGCAACAAUGCCGCGUCUAAGCCGCCGAUAGCCCAGAGGAUGCGUCGUCGCGAACUGCUGGGUACGGGAGUGCUCCCUGCUCCGGGUCCGGCCGGUGGGAGGGCCAUUCAUGACGAGCGAGAUUUUCAGGGUGCAUGUAGCCCGCAUGGUCCUACCUACCUAUGUACCUAUGCAGCAGCGCGGCUCGGGAGGCCAUGGGCAUUAGCAUAACAGAGACCACACACACACACACACACAGAGGCUGGCUCUCCCGCGCAGAGUGACAUUGGACGCUGGGCAGCGCGAUGGCAAAGACCCUGCACAUCAUUCGGUAUUGCCUCCCCUCGCCCUGGGCUCCUCCCGACGAUCCGGCAGCUGCUGCUUUGCCCACAUGAAACCUGGUCAGGUUGACGAAUACAUGACGAGAAGAAUACGAGAUUGUUGGCGAUCGAUCGGCUAUUCAGUCUUUGCAUUGACGUAGGUGUUGAAUAACUCUUAGCUGGACGACGUAGAUCCCCAAUUCACACCGCAGUUCCAGUUCCGAGG